CAUUUGGACACACCUCCAAACAGCUGCCACUUUCUCCCUAAUCCAGCUAAAGCAAACCCACACAACACAAACACAAACACAAACACAAACACAACACAAUCUUCCCUUCUCUACUCUCUCUUUUUUCCAAAUCCUAAUAUUCCAAAAUCCAAACCAUAGUAUAAAAAUAGCAACAACUCACAAACAAUGGAGAUGAUGAAAGAGCUCUAUUGGUGGCGGUUUUGCUUUCUCUGACAAUUAUUUAUUUUUAUAAAGUUUCAAGAGAUAGAGAGAUAAACUGCGGUGUGUCUGUGUGAAUGGCGGUGGAGUACACAUGCUGCGAAUCGCAGUUCUUCGUGCACAUCCUCGUCAUCGUCUUUCUCGUGCUCUUCGCAGGUUUGAUGUCUGGUCUCACCUUAGGCCUCAUGUCCUUGAGUCUCGUUGAUCUUGAGGUUCUUGCCAAGUCUGGUACUCCUCAAGAUCGUAAACACGCUGAGAAGAUAUUGCCUGUUGUGAAAAACCAGCAUUUGUUGCUGUGUACCCUGCUAAUCUGCAAUGCUGCAGCCAUGGAGGCACUUCCUAUUUUUCUUGAUAGUCUUGUUACGGCCUGGGGUGCUAUACUGAUUUCGGUGACAUUAAUUCUUCUGUUCGGUGAGAUUAUACCCCAGUCAAUCUGUUCUCGAUAUGGUUUAGCUAUUGGUGCAUUGGUGGCUCCCUUUGUCCGUGUGCUUGUGUGGAUAUGUUAUCCAAUUGCUUUUCCGAUUAGCAAGUUGCUGGACUUUUUGCUUGGUCAUCGACAUGAAGCCCUUUUCCGCAGAGCUGAGUUGAAAACACUUGUAAAUAUGCAUGGUAAUGAGGCUGGGAAAGGUGGGGAACUGACUCAUGAUGAAACAACAAUAAUUGCUGGGGCACUUGAACUCAGUGACAAGACAGCAAGUGAUGCCAUGAGUCCUAUAUGUGAAACAUUUGCCAUUGAUAUUAAUUCAAAGCUGGAUAGGGAACUGAUGAAUGAAAUAUUGGAGAACGGGCAUAGCAGAGUUCCGGUCUUUUAUGAGCAGCCUACAAACAUUAUUGGGCUUAUACUGGUCAAGAAUUUAUUGACAAUUCAUCCUGAGGAUGAAGUACCUGUGAAGAGUGUAACCAUACGCAGGAUUCCAAGAAUUACAUAUAUGGACAGGGUUCCAGAAAGCAUGCCACUUUAUGAUAUUUUGAAUGAGUUCCAGAAGGGCCACAGCCACAUGGCUGUUGUUGUAAGACGAUGCGACAAGAACCAGCAGCAAUCUUCAGAAAACUAUGCAAAUGGUUCGGAGAGAUAUGUGACGGUGGAUAUUGAUGGUGAAAAGCCUUCUCAGGAAAAAGUUUUGAAACCCACGAUGCCACUCCACAAGUGGAAAAGCUUUCCUAAUACAAACAAGUCAAAUAGGGGUGGUUCUAGGAGCAAAAAAUGGUCAAAAAAUAUGUACUCAGAUAUUUUGGAGAUUGAUGGAAAUCCCCUUCCACAUAUGCCUGAAGAAGAAGAAGCUGUUGGAAUAAUUACGAUGGAAGAUGUCAUUGAGGAGCUUUUACAGGAGGAGAUCUUUGAUGAGACAGAUCAUCAUUUUGAAGACUCAUGACAAUGGCAUUUCCUUGGAACUGGCUAUGUUAAUAUUCUUGUUGUUUGGACCUUGUAGAUAAUUAAUUAGGUAAUGCGGUUUAGGUUGAUAGCUGCUCUGUAGUAGAGAUCUGAUAUGUGAUUGGAAUGUGCAAGACUGCAAACCAUUAUUACUGAUGAAAUGUAGGGACGAGAAAUCUGUUAACACUUCGACAUCAAACUUUAUUUUGAGAUGCACAUCAAUAUAUGUCUUGAGGCAAUGAGUCAAGCCAGAAAAUCAUGGCUUUUUGUUGA